AUGAUCGCUACUACUAAAGCACCAAGUCCAAGAAGCUUUGAUUUUUUCCCACAAAACAAAAGGACUCAUUACCCCGGUUUGCCACAAUUUCAUCAAGUACCUAGAACUCCGCCUGCUCCACCGUAUGCUCGAUCAUGUAUGCAAUCACACUCCUCCAAGCAAUUCGAACAAGAAUUGUAUUCCUCCCACUUGUACUCAUCAGAAGUGUCCACGCACGAACAAGCUGUAUCUGAAUACGACAUGGAGGUAUAUGAAACUAUGCUUGAACAAAUUGAACAAAAUAAACCAAAUGUCAAUCUUUACAAACAACAACCUUAUCUUACCCCAGCAGUUAGAGUGAAACUCGUUGAGUUUCUUCUCAAGAUGUCAGUGAGGUUAAAGAUUCUACCAUUUGUAUUUUAUAAAGCAGUGCGCUUGUUUGAUAGAUACUGUUGCAAGCGUAUUGUAUUAUUGGAUCAGUCGCAAUUGAUAAUCACUACAUGUUUAUGGAUUGCUAGUAAAAUCAAUGGUGGUAACAAUCAUUUCGUUAAUAUGAAUAAUAUGAACAAAUGUGUUGAUGGAUUUAGGGUCAUUGGUGAUUUAGGUUAUGGAAGUGGUGGUAAAUUCAUCGGUCCAACUGAAAGGUUUAGAUUACCUAAAUUACAUGAAUUGGUUAAAUUGUGCGGUGCCAAAUGUAAAUACGAUAUGGGGAUGUUUAAGCAAAUGGAAUUGCACAUCUUGACCACUUUAGACUGGAACUUAUGUGAUCCACUGAUUGAAGAAUUUAUUGUCAAGAGUAAUGAAUUUUGCACUUGUCAAGCUUCUGGAUCAAACGAAGGUGACAUUAGUACCGGGGAAAUGUUUAAAGUCAAGGAGUAUUUGAGUUAUAUUUCCUUGUACUCAUUUGAUUUGAUUGAUGUAAACAUGCUUGAAGUCGGCCAAGUUAUAUCAGACUUGAUUAAUGAUGUGUUUCAAAUUGAAUUCAAUACUAACAACUAUCAAAUCGUCCAAGCUCCAAUUACUUUGGCUUCUCGUUCAAGCUAUUCCUUGUCACGUAUUGAUAUUGAAGUAACCCAAUACAAGAUGAUUAAAAAGAGUUUAAUCAAAUCGAUUUUGAACACUUCGGAGUAUAUGUUGAAUUUGUUCAAUACAAGUGGUCCUCAAUACAUGUAUCGUGCUGUGGUUAAUGGUUGGACACCAAUCAACAAUGGAGCCGCCGCAGUAGCAGCACCGCCAUUGCGUAUGUAUCAAGAUUACAAUGCAAUGAGGACUGCUUCGUUAUCAUCAUAUGAACUGGUUUCAGCUCCAUCUCCAACUGGUUCUGCAUAUUCGACAAACUCAUUAGGAGGAGCACCAAGCACAGUGGUUACGCCACCUACUCCAUUUAUGCAAAUACUGGCCAAUAUGAUGGCCAAUAAAUCAACCAACAAUAUGAUGUCGACCCCGCCAGAUGCCAAGAGCAAGUACAGUAAUUUCGGUGGCGUGUCUCAACCACCAAAACAAGCACCACCGCCACCGAAUGUUUCAACAGCAACAUCAUCAACAAUGCCACAUCUGUUUUUUCCAAAUGCACAUCCGGAUCAACAACAACCAGCACCAGGACCAGCACCGCCACUCCAUCAUUACAAAUCAACACCGGUAUUGAAAAACUUUGAAUUACAGUAUCAACUGCAACAACCACUUCGUGUCAAUACCAACAUAACACAAGGACAGAGUAGCAAUUAUUCAACCACCUCAUCAUCAUCCUAUCCAUCAGCAUCUUCCUCUGCUGUCUCAUCAGCAACCACGACCAACUCCAACGUGUUUGACAAACCAAUGUUUACUUACAAUGCCAAUCGAAGUGCCACCGCUCUUUCAAUUGGUGAUGGUGGAAGUAAUAGUAGUAGUGGCUAUUUGCUGAGAUCAACUACUCCAAUGAGUGAUGUUGAUGCUACAAUGAGUGCAAGCAAGAGUCCAGGCAGUAUUUUCAUCGCAAUGGAGAGAAUGAGGACCUAA